ACCGGAAAUUCAUUUCUUCGCUCUGUCUGAGCGAGGAAUGCAGCUCGAGCUACUAAACGCUGUGUACAUAUAAACUAAUAAAGUAAAAAAUCUAUAAAUCAUUAAACAGUUUAUUUUUUAAACGUAACGUUUACAUUUGCUGCUUUAGACCAUCGUGAAGUAGUAGCCAUCAAGAAGAACAUGCCUCGUAGAAGACAGAGACACAUGGCUGGGAGUGGUUCAGAUGGAACUGAAGACUCUGACUCCUCUGCUGAAAGAGAACAGACCAAUAGCUCAGAAAGUGAAGGCACUGUGCCCAAGAGACAGCGCCUCACCAGAGCCUCUACUCGCCUUAGCCAAAGCUCUCAGGAUACUCAGGAAUUAAAGCGAGCUGUGGAUCACGAUGAAUCUCCACCACUGACGCCCACUGGAAAUGCACCCUCCUCUGAAUCAGAGUUGGACAUCUCCAGUCCCAAUGCCUCACAUGAUGAGAGCCAGGCCAAGGACCAAGCCAACAGAGAUUCGGAUAAAGAUCUCUCCCACCGACCUAAACGCCGCCGCUGUCACGAGACCUAUAAUUUCAACAUGAAAUGUCCAACCCCGGGGUGCAAUUCCCUUGGUCACCUCACAGGAAAGCAUGAACGUCAUUUUGCUGUGUCAGGCUGUCCUCUUUACCACAAUCUUUCUGCUGAUGAAUGCAAGGUAAAAGCCAUUAGCCGUGAGAAACAAGAGGAGGAGGUAAAGGCACAGGAGGACAGCAACUCGCGCCAUGCAACUCGUCACCAGACACCAACACCGAAACAGAUUCGAUACAAGGAGCAAGUGGCUGAGAUAAGGAAGGGUCGAAACUCUGGCCUGCAGAAGGAGCAGAAAGAAAAGCAUGUGGAGCAUCGGCAAACACACGGCAACACCAGAGAGCCUCUGCUGGAGAACAUCACCAGUGAAUAUGACCUGGAGCUGUUCAGGAAAGCACAGGCCCGAGCAUCUGAAGACCUGGAGAAGCUGCGCAUCCAGGGUCAGAUCACAGAGGGCAGUAACAUGAUCAAGACUAUCUUGUUUGGUCGCUACGAGCUGGACACCUGGUACCACUCGCCCUAUCCUGAGGAGUAUGCGCGUCUGGGUCGUCUGUACGUCUGUGAAUUCUGCCUCAAAUACAUGAAGAGCCAGACCAUCCUCAGGCGACACAUGGCCAAAUGUGUGUGGAAGCAUCCUCCAGGAGAUGAGGUGUACAGAAAGGGGUCUAUAUCUGUUUUUGAAGUCGAUGGCAAAAAGAAUAAGAUCUACUGUCAGAACUUGUGUUUACUUGCCAAGCUUUUUCUGGACCACAAAACACUUUACUAUGACGUGGAGCCUUUUCUCUUCUAUGUCAUGACUGAAGCUGACAACACUGGCUGCCAUUUAGUAGGCUAUUUUUCAAAGGAGAAAAAUUCCUUCCUGAACUACAAUGUAUCCUGUAUCCUGACAAUGCCACAGUACAUGAGACAAGGCUUUGGAAAGAUGCUCAUUGACUUUAGUUAUCUGUUGUCUAAAGUUGAGGAGAAGGUGGGCUCGCCAGAGAGACCUCUCUCUGAUCUGGGCCUCAUCAGUUACAGGAGUUACUGGAAGGAGGUAUUACUCAGAUACAUGUACAACUUUCAAGGCAAGGAGAUCUCCAUCAAAGAGAUCAGUCAGGAAACUGCUGUCAACCCGGUGGACAUUGUGAGCACCCUGCAGUCUCUUCAGAUGCUGAAGUAUUGGAAGGGAAAGCACUUAGUACUGAAGCGUCAGGACCUGAUUGAUGAGUGGAAAGCAAAGGAGAUCAAGCGAGGCAAUAGCAACAAAACCAUCGACCCAAGCUCGCUAAAAUGGACCCCUCCCAAAGGGACAUAAACACUGAGAAGCUCAGGCUACUGAAAACACUCGCCUCUAGCCUCACCAGCCACAAGUAGCCUAGACCUAUGAACUGUCAAUAAAGAUCAGUGUUUUUUUUCUUUCAUCCCUUUGACCCUGUUUAUUUCUUCUUGUCU